UACAAUGACAUUUCUGACAGUUACAUUUUUGAAUUAUGAUUGUUGAUUUAUGACAUCUCAAUCUGAUCUUUACGUUCCGAAAAAGUACCAAUGGACUCUUUUUACGGGGCACCACGGCAGCCCCCACCUCUUCCAACUAUAAAUCCAAUUCAACGCAUUCCUUUAGUUCCUGAAGUCUCGAUUAUCGACAACUCGGCUUUUCCGACGUCUCGAAAAACAUUCGAUUUUAAUGGUGCCACAAGACCCAACAGUGAUUCGUUCAUUCACAUGAAAAAACACGUGCGCUUCAAGAACCACCACAAUGAACCAACUCUCGGGAAAGAAAAUUUGCCACAAACACUUAAGGCAGUGCCGGAUUUGAAUGGCAAGACUUUCAAGCAAAUUUAUAUGGCGAAUGUGCCAGACAGGCAUUUAGAUUUGAGUAUUUUUGAAUCUCCCAAACGACAUAAUUUAGUUGAGCCCCCUAAAGAAAAUACUGAAAGAAACAAUUGGCAAUUAAGUAAACAAUGUGAUAGCUUUGUUAAUGUGACACCCACAAUGUGCAAUCCGCAAUUUAACGACCUGACGUUAAAGAGUAUUGAAAAUACAACCUCAAACACAAAUUGGAGACCCAGAGACCAGAAUUUAUUCACAACGAGUUCAGAUCGCGUCAAUUUGACACAAACCCACAGAAAUAAAACGCAGCACUGUACAGAAAUCUGCACCCAAACUGAGCCCCAAAAUUACGACAAAUGCACUGACAUUGCAACCCCCAGUGAUGAACCCACUCUAAAAGAUCUGUACCGACUAAUCCAACAACAAAAUGAACAAAUCAUGAAUUUGCAACACCAAGUGAAUAGUUUGAAGACAAGUCAACAACAUGAAGUUGAUGAUACAAUUCCAAGACCUUUUUUGAAAGACUUGAACAGUCCAAGCAAAAAGAGUUUAUUUUCGUUUGGUGUUAAAGCCACAAGUGUGGAAUUUUCGUUUCGAGCGCCACACAAACUGCGCAAAAAUGAGUUUGUGGAACCCAAAAUCCAGGAGAUUGAGGAGUGUGAUAAUAGUACUAGUAACCAGAGUAAUUCUUUGCAUUUAAAUGAAUCUUUUGAGGUGAAAAGUGGAUAUGUUAGUAAUGUACAAAGUAUAGCAAUUGAAAUGGGUGAUUAUCAGAAUUCAGAUGAGGAAGGUGAAGGCGAAGAGGGCGAAAUUCAACUUUCAUUGUGCAAUGAUAUUAUGAAUCAAGUCACCAAUGUUUUAAAAAAUGCCCAGAAAUACUCAGAGUGUGGACAAGCUCCUGCCAACAAUUUUGGACAAACGUUACAUAAUAAUUUGUCCCCUAUUCAAGAAGCGAGUGAAGUCACUAGAAACACGGACAUUGAUGUGGAAAAUUGUAGCGAAUCUGAGGUAAGUUACGCCGUCCAGCAGCUCCUAAUGAAGUAUUUACCAUCUGAAAAAUUACCAAACGUUUCCAACAAACCUAAACUGCCGACCCUAAAACUGAAACCAUCCAACAAAGAAAUGUCUUUUGCCACGCUCCAGUACUUGAAGAAGUACAACCUUAUUGACAAUACAAAGAAUGUUGAUCAAGCUAAAAAAUUACCAGUUGCAGACCCCAAAAUAUUAAACUUGACAGCACUGAAAAUGCAACGCAAGCAUCUGUAGGUUUAUUAGCAACAAAACGUAGUUCGAGUAUUCUAUUUUUAUAUUUACAAAUAAAUACUAAUUGACUAGUA